AUUAAUUGGAUUCAAUCAAUGAGAGGGAAAAAGGAGGCACAUGAAUAGUGGAGGAAUUGAUAAGUGGUAAGGCUUGGAUGGAGGAGAAUGAAGAAGAAAUAGAAGAAGACCAGAUUUGGAACUAAUGGAAGAAGAAGAAGAAGAAGAAGAAACUAAAGAAGACCAGGAUGAGCAUGGGUGGAAAAAUUAUGAAGAAGAAAAAGACGACAAUGAAGAAGAAGAUGACAAGGAGGAGGACAAGGAUGAGCAUGGGUGGAAAAAUGAUGAAGAAGAAGAUGAUGGCAACAAAGAAGAAGAAGAAGAAGAAGAAGAAGAAGAUGAUGAUGAUGAUGAUGAUGAUGAUGACGAUGAUGAUGAUGAUGACGAUGAUGACGACAACGACAACGAUGAGCAUGGGUGGAAAAAUGACGAAGAAAAAGAAGACAAUAACGACGAAGAAGAAGAAAGAGAAGAAGAAGAAGAAAACGACAAUGACAAGGAGCAUGGGUGAUGUGCAUUGGUGGAAAAAUGAUGAAGAAGAAGAACAUUAAUUGAUAGAUGAUGUGGAUGGGUGGAAAAAUGAUGUUAAUGUCAUAAUAAUCUUUUUGUUUUCAAAUUUAUAAAUUAAUUGAUAGAUG